AUGAUUUAUGUGGACAUGCUCCUGGGUAUUGCCUUCUUCUUCCAGACAGGAAUUGGGGUUCAGGGAAACUUCUUCCUGAUUUAUCUCUUCAGCUUCCUUUUCUUCACUGGCCAAAGGCUGAGACCCAUAGAUCUGAUUCUCAUUCAGCUGGCUGUGGCCAACUCCUUGGUGCUUCUCUCCAGGGGCUGCUUUCAGGGCUUGGCAGCUUUGGGUCUGAAGAAUGUUCUGGAUGACAUUGGCUGUAAAAUUGUCUUCUACCUUCACAGAGUAGCUCGUGGGCUUUCCCUCAGCAUAACCUGCCUCCUGAGUGGUUUUCAGGCCAUCAUCAUCAGUCCUCACAACCCCAGGUGGAUAAAGCUUAAAGCCAGAGUCCCAAGAUACAUUAUGCCCUCUAUUUUCUUCUCCUGGAUUUUCCACAUGCUGCAAAAUAUUCCUAUUAUUGAAAAAGUUAAAGGACCAAGGGGCACUGGAAACAUCUCAGAAACAAAAGAGUAUGUAUACUGCUCCAUUAAUGUCACUACUGCCAUCAGUACCUCACUUCAUGCACUUGUAUUCUCCCUCCCUGAUGCUGUGUGUAUGACCUUCAUUAGCUUUACCACUGGCUACAAGGUUUAUCUCCUGUACAAGCACCACAAGAGAGUUCAGCAAGUUCACACUGACAGAUUUUCCCAUAAAGCCUUCCCUGAGACCAGAGCCACCCAAAUGAUCCUACUGCUGGUGAGCACCUUUGUCACUUUUUAUUUGCUCAAUUGCAUCUUGACAGGAGUUAUGCAUUCAAUAACAUGUAAACCCUGGCUGGUGCAUAGUUCUGCCUUCUUGGCUGCCUGUUUUCCAAUGCUUAGCCCCUUUGUGCUGAUCAGCAGUGACCCACAAAUCCUGAGGUACUACAGUGCCUUCCAUGGUAGAAAAAGUCCAUAUACUGACUCCAGUAAUUCUCAGAAUAACACAGAAUGA